UUUGUUUUGAACAAGCAAAUUGAUAACGAACACGCUGAUAUUUUCGGCGCCAUUUUUGGGAUUGAAAUAGAAGUUCCUUACUGAGACCGUUGUGACAGGCACCUGGACUAUUUUCGUCAUGUGAGUUUUUUGAAAUCUAACCAUGAUCAUCUCUUUUGCCUUUUUGCUGGCUUCUCUCACCGUGGUCACCUGUCAACAGCAGUUUCAAUAUGACUGUCCUAUAGACUGGCCAUCGUUUGGCACCAGCUGUUACCAUUUUGUGUUUUACCCUGAACGACCUUUCGAUGAAGCAGCACAGGCGUGUCGGUACGAUGGUUCUGGGCUGGUUAGCAUCAACACACCGGAGGAGCAUCAGUUUAUUGUCUCUUGGCUCAACCGCAACGGCAUCGCAAGACAGUCAGACUGGUACACAAGUGGAGUAGACCAAGCCGGCAAGCAAAUGUGGGAAGGUGACGGUCAACCUCUUGUUGGUGAGACUUCAUACUGGGUCACAGACAACAGCCAGGUCACUUUAUAUAGACAGCUAGUGGAACGUCGUUUGGUCUACCAAUACACAGAGACCAGAAAAACAUAUGGAUGGGCAUGGACAAACAGGACGAGGUUACUGCCUUACAUCUGCGAGAUCAGCAGACAGGAGGUCUACCGAGUAUACCAACAGAAUAGAGACUUCUCAUUUGGAAGCGAUACUUUGAACCCAAACGACUGGCCAGUGGGUCCAAACAUUGUCCAGCAGUCCCCGAGUGUUGUCUUUGUUGACGAAACAGACUUCGCUAACGUCGAAUGCUCUGCAGUCGGCAACCCCAAUCCGACAUACCAGUGGUUUCGUGAUUACGGCACCCCCAGGCAAGUGCAGAUAACUGGACAGAUGAAUAGUCGGUAUGCAGUAACCAACGGCCGGCUGAGUAUUCACCUGCCCAAAAAGGAGACCGACACUGGAGACUACACCUGCGUGGCCCAGAAUCCAUCUGGAAAGGUUUUCAGCGCUCCUAUUAAGAUUUCAUCUGGCUUCCUCGGGGAGUUCUCCAACGACAAGCCAGGAUCGCGCACGGCCAUCAGGUACCAAGGUAGUGUCGUGGACUGUCUUCCUCCAAGUUUCAACCCAGCACUGUCCUUCCAGUGGAUGAAGGCCAACCGCUUCCUUCGGCCCGAGAUGAACCCGCACACGUUUCUCUCAGAGAACGGGAAGCUGUACUUCUCGGAAGUGCAGGACUCAGAUGCUGCAGAAUACCACUGCAUCGUCACGCUUGUGGCACUUCCGGGUCAGAUUCUGGCCACUGCACAACCUUUGUACCGCAACAGCCUGGGCAUCGAACUGAGAGUGCAAGGAGACAACCCCAGCCAGUUCGGGCCGGAUAUCCACAAUGAUUUCCCUGCUGUGUUUCCAAAGGAACCAGUGGUGGGACAAGAGAUGCGUCUUGAGUGUCUGGCUUAUGGCAGGUUGCCUCUAUAUUACUCUUGGAGCCGGAAACAAGGGGAGCUGCCGGUAGACCGCACAUCCUACGACAGCCUCAACCGCGUCCUCCGCAUCAGCAACGUGCGCCUUGAGGACAGCGGCACCUACACGUGUUCGGUGAAAGGCGUCAAGAACACGGCCAACAGCACCAUCACUAUAAACGUCCACGCUUCGCCGUAUUUUUUGUUCCCCCUGCGCAAUCAACAUCUGGAUGUUGGAAGUCAGCUGACUUGGGUCUGUGACGCGGUAGCUAUCCCGUCAGCCACCUACACCUGGUACAAAGAUGGAGAGAUUUUGGUCACUGACACAGGAAAGGACGUGAUGGUGACAGGAAAUGUCCUGAAGAUUGGUAGAGCGGAGGCCAGUAAGCACAAUGGCAUGUAUGAGUGCGUUGCGCAGAACGUCCACGGCACAAAUACCAGCAGUGCGCAGGUCAGAGUCCUCGGCUUCCAGCCAUCUUUUACGAAGAUGCCAGUAGCAAACCAGCUCAUGGGCGCUGUGGGCGGGAACCUGACCAUCCAAUGUCAGCCGGAGGCAGCUCCUCCGCCCAUUAUCACCUGGACUCAUAAUGGUUCACCUGUAGGAUCUGGUGGUCGUGGUCAGCAAACGGUCUUCGGAGAUUUAGUUCUUUCCGGUCUGACCCUCGCAGACUCCGGCAACUACACGUGCACCGCGGAAAACUCCUUUGGAUCAGCAUCAUCCAGCGGGCAGCUGCGGGUAGUCACCACGACGGUGCUGAGUUAUGCGCCCCAGUCACAGGAAGUACUCCAGAACGAGACUGCGUACUUGAGCUGCCAGGCUUCCUACGCCGUCAGCAGGACAGACCUGGUGUACGUCUGGUACUUCAACGACGUGCUUCUGGACAUGGAUUUAGACCCAUCAUACAAAAUUGGUGAGAUGCGAGGAAUCAACGGCCUGUACAUAGUGGGCUCCCAGUUUAAACACGAGGGUUGGUACGAGUGUCGCGCUACAUCCGUCUUUGACAGCAUCGGCGCCAAAGCCUACCUCACCGUCAAAGGGCCUCCGGAGGAACCAGCUGGAGUACAUAUUCGCAACAAACAGGGCACACAGGUUGAGCUGUGGUGGCAGCCGGGGAAAACUCGAGGCGACUCCAUCACACAGUAUCGAAUAGAAUUUAGAAGCGACUUCAAUCAAACUUGGAGAAACCUUGUCACAGGUAUCAGUGCGGCGGAUACCCAGAUUAACGAGUACCCGCAAUGGCGGACGUACACGAUCAGAGAAGGGCUUUCUCCGGGUACCAGCUACCAGUUCAGAGUCGCAGCCGCCAGUCAGAACUUUGGCUACGGUCCUCUAAGUAGUCCUUCUGAGAUAACCAAGCUGGAUGAUGCUCCCCCUGUCUUCGCGCCGAGCAUCGUGACUGGCGGCGGGGGCUCUGUCAGCAUGCUGACCAUUAAGUGGACACCUCUCCCAAAAGAACAACAUGGAGGGAACGGCUUGUACUACAGAGCUCACUGGCGUCUCCAUGGAAGUGAAACCGAAAAGUGGGAAGGCAGCAAAGACAUCUCUCACGACACAGCGGAAGUGGACCGUAACGGUAUGAUCACAUACUCUCACUACCUGCCCGAUAGAGAGAAGUACUACACACAGUACGAUGUCAAGGUGCAGGCCUCCAACACCAUGGGCCCUGGACCCAACACCUCCGUGGAAGUCAUCUACUCUGCCGAGGACCUGCCAACUGUCACACCGCAGAAGGUGAAUGCCAUCAACAUCAAUGCCACCGCUGCUAAAAUCACGUGGGAGAUGACAACAGUGUCUAGAGAAGACGUCCGCGGGAGAAUCUUAGGCUAUCAGGUAAACUACUGGCUCAUCACAGAAACCAUGAUCACUUCUUGGUACUACCGGCAGUACGGCGAGGCACAAGAAGCUGUGAUUAUAGGGCUAAAAGGCAACGGCGACUACUGGGUGAACGUUCAGGUGUUCAACUCAGCGGGCCUCAGUCGGCCGAGCGGCGAUUUCUACCUGAACCCAUAUUACGACCCGCCUCAUCAUUACCCCGAGUAUGUCACGGUGAUGUCCGACGGACCCGAGAGUGUGAGGGUGUCUUGGAGAGGGGUCAGCUACGUCUUGAACGAAUCUCCAACCCUGGGUUAUAAGAUCUGGUGGUGGCCAUACACUGAUGACAUCCGUACAGCCAAUGAAGCAACGUUCGGGAAGGAGUACACGGGAGUGCUACACGGAGUGCAGAAGGACAUCGUCUAUGUCUUGCGUGUCAUGGCGACAAGUUUAGGCGGUGAUGGAACAAAGUCCCCGGCUACACUGUUCACACUCGGUGGCCAAGUGAGGUUUAACCCCUUAACCUCUGAGAUUUUUGCUGCUGCUGGAGUGUUGCAUCCUUGUUCGUUUUUGCUCUUCCUCUGUAGCAUCGCGGCCAUGUUGUCUAGAAUCCUGCAAAACUGAAGACAACCACACGAAGACAAGUGCAUGACAAUUUAACUCACUGUGUAUAUAUUUUAUUUUGUACUUUUUCUACAAAUUUGCUUUAUGUUCGUCUGUCUUAUAUCUUUACAUAUCGUCUAUCUCAGUAGUCAUUUAUGAAGAUGUUUUCUUUCAUGUUUUUAACACAAGUUAUUCUCAUCUCAUUAUCGCAAGGGACCUGAUAUUGCAAAGUUUUGUGCAUGCUUUUGACAAUUAAUAUUUUUCACCUCUUCAUAGUAUCUCCAGUAAAGUCAUUAGAAUAUUUUAUCAUAUAAGCAUUGUGACCAAGCUGUAGAAACAUGUUGUAAUAUACAAGUGUAGUAUAAAUAAGGCAAUACAAGAAACAAAUAAUGUUCCAUGUAAUAUUAAAAUUUAAACAAUAACUAGCAUAGUAUCAUCUGAACAAAGAUCUAUAUAACAUUUUUUCGGAGUUAUUAUCCGUUGCGAAGAUUGUUCGUGGGUUUCUUAAUUCAAGAGCUCAUUGGUGCAGAUCAUCAACACGUUUGCCAGUGAUACUGAUGGUGCUUUAAUGUUCUUACAUCACGCUUACUUCAUUUCUUGUGAUAGUUUGAAAAUGUCCAAUAAACUGAAACAUCUCAAUUUA